AUGUCGCCCCAGUGGACAGAGACUGAAGACAACUUGCUAAGAGUCUUAGCACAUCAGCAUGGCGGAAAUUGGUCUCUUAUUGCAGAAAGGCUCUGCAAAGCUACUAAUAUAAUGAGGACUGCAAAACAGUGUAAAGAUCGGUAA